AACAAGAAAAAGUUAGAGAAGAACAGCUGCCUUGUAUAUGGGAAUAGUGAGUGAAUGAGUGAGAAUCAUGUGACAUAUGCUACUCUCUCUACCCGCCGAAUUAAAAAGCCACAGACUUUCUGAAUAUCCCAACCAAUUUGCAACCACCCUUUUGUUCUGUCUUUGCAAUUUCAAUUUCAGCUCCUCCUUUCAUUUGGGUUUUGGGUUUGAAUGGCUUCAAGUGUUUCCAAGUUCAUCAAGUGUGUCACUGUUGGAGAUGGGGCUGUGGGCAAGACCUGUAUGCUCAUUUGCUACACCAGCAACAAGUUCCCCACUGAUUAUGUUCCCACAGUGUUUGAUAACUUCAGUGCCAAUGUGGUGGUUGAAUCCACAACAGUGAACUUAGGCCUCUGGGACACAGCUGGGCAAGAAGAUUACAAUCGACUAAGGCCACUGAGCUACAGAGGGGCGGAUGUCUUUGUCCUUGCUUUCUCCUUAGUUAGUCGUGCCAGCUAUGAGAACAUACUGAAAAAGUGGAUUCCUGAACUGCAGCAUUAUGCUCCUGGAGUUCCAGUAGUACUUGCUGGCACCAAACUAGAUCUUCGAGAGGAUAAGCACUAUUUGACUGAUCACCCGGGGUUGGUACCUAUUACUACUGCACAGGGCGAGGAGCUGCGGAAACAGAUUGGUGCUGCAUAUUAUAUAGAAUGCAGCUCUAAAACUCAGCAGAAUGUGAAAGCAGUUUUUGAUGCUGCUAUCAGAGUGGUUAUCAAACCACCACAGAAGCAAAAGGAGAAAAAGAAAAAGCCACGUCGAGGAUGUCUAGUCAACAUCGUUUGUGGGCGAAGGCUAGUGUGUCUCGAAUGAAAACGCCAUCCCGAUCAUUACUUGUGUGCUACUUGAAGGCUCUUCACCCUCAGAGUAGUCUGAUCCUGUGAAUUUGAUAAUCAUCGAUACUACCUUUUCUGUUGCUGAUUUUUUUUUUUUUUGUAUUUCAUAAUGUCGUAUAGAUAUCGAGAAAACGGGUACACUUUUAGUACCAAUACCGUGUUUACUAAUCUAAAUUCGUAGGUUUUAAACUUGUAAUAUGGUAAAAACUAGUCAGCAUUAGCGCCAUUUCCAUUGCAAAUUACAUUGGUGUGUAACCACUGGGUGAAUCUUCAGCGUAUGCAAACGUUCGAUAUAUAGCACACA